UGUAGUUGCCAUUAGUGGGAGUUGAACUGUGGCUGGCUAACAGCUAGCCUACUAGGCUGAGUUUGAGCUGGGAACGAAAAGAAGAGGGAUGAAAACAUGCCUCACUUCACAGUCGUACCAGUGAAGGAUCAGGCUCAGUCCAGCUAUGACAGUUUAGAAGGGAUUAACUGGGUCGACCACAGGGACACUGGACAGGACUGCCCUGACCAUCAAGAUGGUGCUGAAGAACAUGUGAACCACAAAGAAGACAGCCCUUUUCUUAACAAUGCUGAUACCACUGGCAGGAAGAAUGACUUCUAUGACAGGAACCUGGCUUUAUUUGAGGAAGAGCUUGACAUCCGGCCGAAGGUUUCUUCUCUCCUCAGCCGCUUGGUCAACUACACUAACAUCACGCAGGGUGCCAAAGAGCAUGAAGAGGAAGAAAUUGCUGAGGCCUCACGGAGGAAGACCCCCAAGUCUCCCAACAUGGGCACUUUGAUGGGUGUCUACCUGCCGUGUCUCCAGAACAUCUUUGGGGUCAUUCUCUUCCUUCGGCUCACAUGGAUUGUGGGGAUGGCCGGCAUCAUACAGUCCCUUCUGAUUGUCCUCAUGUGCUGCUCGUGUACGAUGCUAACAGCCAUAUCCAUGAGUGCCAUUGCUACUAACGGUGUUGUUCCAGCUGGAGGGGCAUAUUUCAUGAUCUCACGUUCACUUGGCCCUGAGUUUGGAGGAGCUGUGGGUCUGUGCUUCUACUUGGGCACCACCUUUGCCUCUGCUAUGUACAUUCUUGGAGCCAUUGAAAUCUUCUUGAAAUAUCUGGUCCCUCAAGCGGCUGUUUUUCACUCCGCUGAUCAUCUUGGUCGAGACAGUGCCCUGCUAAACAACAUGCGUUUGUACGGCACUUUGUGCCUCAGCCUGAUGGCUGUGGUAGUUUUUGUGGGGGUCAAAUAUGUCAACAAGCUGGCCUCCCUUUUCCUGGCCUGUGUUAUUAUCUCAAUUGUCUCCAUUUAUGCUGGGGCAAUCAAAUCCAUGACUCAUCCGCCAGAAUUCCCGAUAUGCAUGUUGGGCAACAGGACUUUGGUGAGAGAUGGCUUUGAUGUAUGUGCCAAAACUGUGAUAAUGGGAAACAUUACAGUGCCCAGUCAACUGUGGAAUCGGUUCUGCGUUGGUGGGAACCUGAGCAGUACUGAGCAAUGUGAUGAUUACUUUAUCCAGAAUAACGUGACAGAGAUACAGGGAAUUCCUGGAUUGGGCAGUGGGAUUAUCAGAGAAAACAUGUGGAGCAACUACUUACAGAAAGGCGAGAUCUUAGAAAAGGCAGGACUGCAGUCAGUGAAUGUCCACGGUCCAAUAGAGAACUUCAUCAACUAUGUGUCGGCAGACAUUGCUACAUCUUUUACACUUUUGGUGGGGAUCUUCUUCCCAUCUGCUACAGGUAUCAUGGCAGGCUCUAACAGAUCCGGUGAUCUCAGGGAUGCUCAAAAGUCCAUUCCUGUGGGAACAAUUUUAGCCAUUACAACUACUUCACUUGUUUAUGUAAGUUCUGUGGUCCUGUUUGGGUCCUGUUUAGAAGGAGUAGUCCUGAGGGACAAAUUUGGAAAUGCUGUUCAACAGAACCUUGUUGUUGGCACUCUCUCCUGGCCAUCUCCAUGGGUUAUUGUCAUUGGCUCCUUCUUCUCUACUGUUGGUGCGGGCCUGCAGUCCCUCACCGGCGCUCCACGGCUUUUACAAGCUAUUGCCAAGGACAACAUUAUUCCCUUUCUUAGGGUGUUCGGUCAUGGAAAGGCUAAUGGAGAGCCAACGUGGGCUCUGCUGCUAACUGGCCUCAUAGCUGAGCUGGGGAUACUUAUUGCCUCACUGGACAUGGUUGCUCCCAUCCUGUCCAUGUUCUUCUUGAUGUGCUAUCUCUUUGUAAACUUAGCUUGUGCAGUGCAAACUCUCUUACGGACACCCAACUGGAGGCCAAGGUUCAAAUAUUACCAUUGGGCUUUAUCAUUCCUUGGCAUGAGUAUGUGCCUGGCUCUCAUGUUCAUAUCAUCCUGGUACUAUGCCAUAGUGGCCAUGGGCAUUGCAGGAAUGAUCUACAAAUACAUUGAAUACCAAGGAGCAGAGAAGGAGUGGGGAGAUGGGAUAAGAGGACUGUCUCUCAGUGCUGCACGUUAUGCCCUGCUGAGGCUUGAAGCAGGACCUCCUCACACCAAGAACUGGAGGCCACAGUUAUUGGUGCUGUUAAAGCUAGAUGAGGACCUCCAUGUGAAAUAUCCACGAAUGCUCACCUUCGCCUCACAGCUGAAGGCAGGAAAAGGUCUGACGAUCAUUGGCUCUGUCAUAAAGGGCAACUUUCUGGAAAGCUAUGGGGAAAUGCAGGCAGCUGAACAGGCUAUUAAGAACAUGAUGGAGAUUGAGCGGGUCAAAGGUUUCUGCCAAGUUGUUGUGGCAACUAAGGUACGGGAAGGCAUUGCCCACCUGAUCCAAUCCUGUGGUAUGGGUGGAAUGAAACACAACACUGUGGUAAUGGGCUGGCCAUACGGCUGGAGACAGAGUGAAGACCCUCGAGCCUGGAAGACUUUUAUCAACACAGUCCGCUGCACAACAGCUGCCCACCUGGCUCUGAUGGUCCCCAAAAAUGUGUCAUUUUAUCCAAGCAACCAUGAACGCUUCACAGAUGGGAACAUUGAUGUGUGGUGGAUUGUCCACGAUGGAGGAAUGCUGAUGCUGCUGCCUUUCCUGCUCAAACAGCACAAGGUGUGGAGAAAAUGCAAGAUGCGGAUCUUCACUGUGGCCCAGAUGGACGACAAUAGUAUCCAGAUGAAGAAGGACCUGGCCACAUUUCUGUAUCAACUGAGAAUAGAGGCAGAGGUGGAGGUGGUGGAGAUGCAUGACAGCGACAUCUCAGCUUACACUUAUGAGAGAACACUAAUGAUGGAGCAGAGGUCCCAGAUGUUACGGCAGAUGAGGCUAUCCAGUGCAGAAAGACAAAGAGAGGCCCAGCUGGUUAAAGACAGACAUUCAUUGGUGCGAAUGGGCAGUCUAUACUCUGACGAAGAGGAGGAUGUCAUAGAAGUUCCUCCAGAGAAGGUCCACAUGACAUGGACUAGAGAGAAGUGCGAGGCCGAAAGGCGAAACCGAAACAAUGCUCCUGAGAACUUCAGAGAACUCAUGAGCCUAAAACCGGAUCAGUCGAAUGUGCGCCGAAUGCAUACAGCUGUGAAGCUUAACGAAGUAGUAGUUAACAGGUCUCACGAUGCCCGAUUAGUGCUGCUCAACAUGCCAGGCCCACCUCGCGAUACAGAUGGAGAUGAAAACUAUAUGGAGUUUCUGGAGGUGCUGACUGAAGGUUUGGAAAGAGUGAUGUUGGUGAGAGGAGGAGGGCGGGAAGUCAUCACGAUCUACUCAUGACCAGUUAGAAGUCGUUAGAGGCAGUGACCCCAUAAAAAUACAUUUCACCAUGGGACAGGA